AGGACGGAGAGUGGCGGGCGGGGAAUCAGGGAAACCGAAUCUUCCCUCCGACUCCAAACGGGCGAUCAUCUUCAAAGCCAGCAAUCUAGCGCAACUCCCGCUGCAGCAGUUGCGGUGCCGCAUCAACCGCCAGCAUCAAUUUUUCCAUCUCCUCUUCCCGCGGCGAGAGCCCCGUCUUCGCCGGCAGCUCGGGGCGGGACUAGCCACAGUGCUCCGGGGCAGCUGCAAGCGCAACUACACCAGGGGGGAGUUUCCCUACCGCAAGCUGUGACGCCGUCGAGCAGAACGGGGCAUCAGCACCACCGGGGCCCCCUACUGGGGGCUGGCUCUUCUACCAGCGGCCAUCAAGGGGCUGCUCUACCCGGAUCUACUUCGCUGUCCUCGGCACCCCCGCCACUUUCCGCCCGCGCGGCCAUUGAUCACACGCCUAGUACUAUGCAAGAUAAAAACUGGGUGAGUGUAGCUGUCUUGGAGUGACAGCAUGACAAAUUUGCUCUGCAUGACAGAGAACAAAACCUGUCAUGCACAUCAGCUAGUACUAGAAAAAACAUAUGAAAACAGGACUUCAUCAUGGCUGGCCAGCAUGACAGAUGUAUCUGUGUUGCGUACUUUGCAUUGCAGGCUUACAUCUACACAGUUUUCUUCUUGGAUAAGUACGCGGUCUGCCGGUUCGAGCAACACUACGGCAGCGGCCUCGGGGUCGGGACUAUCAACUGCAAAAAUGUCUGGAAAAUUGGAACUUGUAAUGCUAGCUCUGCAUUACUGGGAAAUCUGUAUUGCAUAAGCAACAAAGGACGCAGCCACUUUUGUCAUGCAAAAACGCAGUUUCUCAUGCGGACUUCCUAUGAGAAAGCAUUCUGGGAAGGUGUCAUGCUGAGCUGCAUGCAAAAGUGUUGCCAUCGUCCACAUUUUAGCAUCACAAGUUUCCAGACCCAAACAUAUUUGCAAUGCAUAGGGGCCGUCUUAUAGCAAAAGUUCGGCUAGCUCCUUCGCCCGCGUUGGUGAGCGCCUCAUGACCGCAAGGGAAACGCGUCGCACGACCGUGGUACCACAUCAACAACAAGGUGUUGUUGACUCGAGCACGACGUUGCAGCACGGCGGUUUAACAUCAAGCGGCCAUGUUCAUAUCUCGUCGUCGUCCGCUGCAGCGCAGGCUCAAGAACCCUCGGUGACGGGACGGCAGGUGACACUAGGAGCUGUUCCUGCUGUAUCAGAUUCUCAAGCGUUACGUUCCACUGAUGUUACGUGA